AUGCUACCCAGAAGCGUUGUACAAGGGCACGUAUUUGUGCUCCUACUCGGUGUUGGGUGUGUGAUAAAACAUAUCACAGCUCGGUCUGCACAGAGACCUCACAUUGAUUUCAUCGUCUCCGAUGAUCUCGGCUGGGAUGACGUGAGAUUUCACGGCUCGGAGAUCUCCACACCUAACAUUGACGAGCUGGCCAGGAGCGUAAUUAUUCUCAACAACUAUUACGUACAGCCGAUAUGUACACCUACACGAAGUACAAUAAUGACCGGGAGACACCCAAUACAUACAGGUUUACAACAUGGUGUCAUUCAAUCUGCGCAACCCUACGGUUUGGGUUUAAACAAAAACCUCAUGCCUGAACACUUGAGAAAUCUCGGAUAUGCUUCACACAUUGUUGGCAAGUAUUUUGUCCUCCAUGCAAAUGGCUUUUAUAAACGUGCAAUAUACACGGCAGUACACUUUUAUCGUCUGUGGUGGCACCUGGGAUUUUCCCGGCGUGAGUACACUCCCUUGUAUCAUGGAUUUGACAGCCAUUACGGGUACUGA